AAUAAUAAGUAGUUUUGUCUAUAUAUUGGAGAUGUAUAGUCACGGGUAUUGUUUUGAAUUACUGUGUAGCGAAACUUGUGGUACUUUCCUAUAACAUGAAUUGGGAGAAAUAUGUUUCUAAUCUAAUUAGAAUUUAAAAUUUGAACGCUCCUGAUAGGCCGUAUUUAUCUUCUAAUUUAAAGGUUUAUCAGUGGUUUGUGUAGUGUGGUGAUGAAAAUUAAAAUUCAUGGCUGUAGAAAGUAUAAAUCCUACGCCAGAAGAUUUACAGAAGAAAGUUUAUUUUCUACUGGAACAGUUACAGCUGAUGGCUAGAGAAUUGCCACCAAAAUACCAGCAACGAGUGCCAUGUGAAUUGCUAUCUGGUUUAGCAAAUGCUCUUUUAAAUGACACAAUAUUUGAAAUUGUGAAGGGUUUAAUGGAAAUUCAACAUGUAACUGAAAAACACCUGUUCCAGCAAAGGUUGCAGUUAAUCAAUAAGCAUUCAAUGGAAAUGCAAGACAUGCUUGAAAAUACGAGUGAUUCUGUGGCUAGGCAGAAACAACGAAUACUUCUCCAGCAGAAACAUAAAGAAGAAUUAAAACAUACUGAUAUGAAAUUAGUUCUUCAACUUGACCAAAAGGUUAGUGAUCAACAAGUCACAUUAGAAAAGGCAGGAGUUCCAGGAUUUUUUGUAACAAACAACCCAUUAGACGUAAAAUUGCAGAUGUAUUUGCUGGACUUCAUUCUUCGACUUAGUAAAAACCAAAAGUAUGGGAAAGAAGAAAACUGAAAUUUGGUAUCUUGUUUUCAGUUUUGUGAAGCGUAACAAAGUAUUACUGGUAUGAAAUGUGAAAGUUAUAUUUCAUACACAUCUGUAAUUUAUGGGUACUGUAUAAUUUAAUUGAAAAUUAAUUUGGUAAUUUAUUGCAAUGAAAGCUACCAAUAAAUCAGGUAUAGUGUAGUGUGAACACAAAGAUUCAAACUCUUGAUAGUUACAUAAAUGCAUGCUAUUUGUUCAUUAUUCCAAUUAGUAUGAGGGAUCUCACACUUAUUAACAUUAUAUAAUAAUUUAUGCAGUAUUAUAAUAAAUUAUGGCCUGAACAAAUAAAUGUCCGUUUUCUGUGUAUCUGUAGAAAAAGAGUUAUGAAAAUUGCUAGAUAUAA